AUGGGUGAGUCAAUUUCUCCAAAUGAUUUAAUUUUUGGUGGAGACUAUUGUGAAAGUGACAAGGAUAAAGAAUGCCUUGAGAAAGUUAUCGCAACUAUUAGCGCCAAUGAGGAAAAGGUGAGUUAUUAGAUAAAUCUAAACUGUAUUUAUCACAAUAAAAUAAAUAUUUUUCCUAGUUCAAAGUAUUCCACAAAAGCGAUUAUGAAAUUUACGAGAUUAUUUGUUUCAAUAUGUCACAAGUGUACAAUGAUAGUAUUCUGGAGUUAUAUCGAAAAGAUCCAUUCGCAUUUGCUCUGCUGAUUUCAACAUUUUUCGGACAGCAAACAUGUUUGGGAACAGAUCAGUGAGUGUGAGAUCAGAAAAUAUUCUAGAUGAUUGUGAAAAAAUUUUCAGAAUGGCUUUCACAUACGUCAAAUUUCCACUGCAUACCUCACUUCUUCUAUGUUAUGCGGCUCGAGAAAUGGAAAAACGGUUUUUGGAAAAGAUGAAGCUAGGAAGGAAAGAUAUGAUCGACUAGGAGAGUGAGUUAGAAAAAUUUUUUAAAAAUUUUCAAGCUGAAAAUUUUUUCUUUUGGAAAGAUUCCAUACGGAAGUUAACCUAAAUUUCAAGCACAGUGUGUAAAUCUCAAAUCGCUAGGCUUCAAACUUUUUCUCAGGUAUUGUCGAAGUUGAAAAGUAAAAAAUAAACAUUAGACGCGUGCGGCUGUGCGUCGCGUUCGAGAAACCGUUUCACGACCGCGACGCAUAGCCGCACGUGACUAACUAAGUGAAGUUUUGUCUUUUAGUCAUUGGGAAAGAACAGCACUUCGAAUAUUGGACGAACUCUACGAAUACAAUCCAGAAUACGCGACAAUCGCCCUAAAAAUCGAUUAUCGCGAAAAACUUCGAGAAAACAAUCACAAAAUGAGUGUGACCAGUGAAGUGAUAUCUCAAAAACGUAUCAGAUGGUAUCAAAAUUGUGUCAGAUGGUAUUCCGAUUAUCUGGAUUGUAAAUACAAUCAAAGUCGCGAGCUGAUGUCAAUCGCAUAUUUCGCAAAUGCCUCGCAAUUUUUAUCGCAUUACACAUGCCGUGAUAUUGUCAAUAAUCGCGCGAAUUCUAGGAAAUUGUGGUUGAAAUGGCUGUUCAACUUGAUAUUCCGACUAUUGUAUGUAGUAUUAUUCGCAAUUAUUUUAAUCUUUGGGAACCCGUGGCAUGAUACAAAAUCUGAAUCUGAAUCAAAAAUCUCUAAAAACACAUUGAUGGGUUUUUGGGUUUAUAUCAUGCUAUUUCUAUUGGCUCAAACUUUGGUAUCAUUUUUGAAACUUGUGGAUAAGGUAAUUGUAAGGUAAAACCACAAAUAUCCUAAAUUAUUUUUUAGAUUAAUGUGUAUCAAUUGAAUUACAAUAGUAAAACAACAUUCGAAAAAUUUCUACCCAAAAAAAGACAUUUAAAAUUUGUAAGUUGAAAAUCUUCCGAUCUUAAAAAUUGUUUUUGAUUUUUUUAGGCGAGACGAUAUUUAGAGCAGAACACAUUGUCAAUGUUCCGAAUGAUGCUAUUUGCUAUAUUAUUCAUUUUUGAAGCUAUUCGUUUAAUGUUAAAAGUUAUUCCAAGAAAAAGUGAAGGAUAUGAGUGAGUUAAAUUAUUUCCAAAGAUAAAUGUACCAUAAAAACUACCAGCGGAGAAAUCGGAUCCUUCGGAAUAUCAGACAUAUUUCUUCCACUUGUAUCCGAUUUUCUAUAUUGCAUUAUUUUCGCGAUUUCCGCCGUAACAACACUCCGAUAUUUUCAAACAACAUCAAUCGGAUUAUUCAUACGUGUUUUAAAAAAGAUGGUAAUUUAAGAGAGGCACAACAAAUUCCAACAAUAUAUUUUCAGUUGAAAACCGUUGGAAUGUUUGCGAUUAUAUUUCUAUUUUUCUGGCUGAUCUUGGCUAUUAUAGUUACAAGAUUGACGAAUAA